AUGGCCAAAUACACAGAAGAACAAUUGUUUCAAAUUAAAGAAGAAACAACUUAUGUUCCCCAACCAACAAUUUUAGCUGCCUUCAAUGAAUUAAUUGACCAAGUUAAAGAACAUGCUCAUCAGCAACAACAAGCUGAACAUGCUAGAAAAUGGCAUAAUGGAGACACUUAUAUUGAUGAUCGUGGAAAUGAAAGAAGCUACCAUCAUUUGAAUAGACGUAGAGGUUCAAGAUCUGGUGGUAAUCAACAACAAAAACCAUACUUGAAAAAGAAGAAUGAAGUAAUUAAAGAUGAAGAUGGAUGGGAAACGACAGUUCCUGUAACUAGUCAUAAAAGUGGAAGUUUUGGUGCUGGUGAUAAUGAUGCUAAUGAUGAUAGGAACAAGUUUAGAGAAUCGAUUGGAGUUAGAGCCAAGCCAAAUAACAAGAAUUUGGGGUCUUCAAAAGCAGUAGAUCCUAGGGAGAUUGCUAGCGAUAAACAAACAAAAACAUUCAAUGCAUUUGAAGCGUUGGAGGGAGAUGAUGACGAUGAUGAUGAAUGA